AUGCUCCCAAAGCUCGACUUGCAUGGCGCCAGAGGGCUUCAUCAGGAGCCACCAUCGAAAGCAUCCGGCAAUGAGGCCGUGAUCUCGCUGCCUCGUCUCCGGUUGCUGCGUCAGGUAGGCCAGGACAAAGACACGGGCACUGCAGGGACACUGCUGCACUCUCCGGGGCGCCGCGGUCACGCAUCCCGGAGCCCUCUUGAUUCGGAUGAGGCGCGGUCACCCUCUCCACAGAGAGCAGUGCACAACGAGGAGCCCCCGAGCUACAUGCCCCAGCACGAUGCGCAGCAGCGAGUUCGGCAUCACAUGAGGCAAAAGAGGAGGAAGGCUAAGGAAGAGGAGGACAUGCGCGUUUUGGAGGAGAAGGAGCGUGCGGACCGCGUUCAGAAGACCCUUCCGCAUGUGGAGGCCUACCGCCACGAGCUGGCGCGAAAGGCCGCAGAGUUGCACCGGCGAGAAAAGGCCGAGAAGGAGCUGGUUGCCCUGGAGCAGGAGCAGUUGAACUCCGCACGUCGGGAACGUGUCAACAGGUAUAUAAAGCCUGAGGUCAUCCAGGAGAACUUCUUGAAGUCAGAGAACGGUUCCACGCCCACCCAGUCUCUGGAGGUGCACAAGCGCGGCAGAGGGAUGGUCCGACCUGGAAGAGAGAAGGCACGGUCACCUUCUCCAGUUCGAGCCGUCCACGGCGAGGAGGAGCCUCCAAAUCAUAUGGCUCAGCAAGAUGCACAGCAGCGUGUUCGGCAUCACAUGAGACAAAAGAAGAGGAGAGCUAAGGAGGAGGAAGAAAACCGCACUCUGGAAGAGAAGGAACGAAUGGAAAGGGUUCAGAAGACCUUACCGCAUGUGGAGGCCUAUCGAAGAGAGCUGGCACGCAAAGCCGCUGAGCUGCAUCGGCGAGAGAAGGCCGAGAAGGAGAUGGUUGCCCUGGAGCAGGAGCAGUUGGCCUCUGCACGUCGGGAACGGGUCAACAGGUAUAUGACUCCUGACGUAAUCCAAGAUCAUCUCCUUAAGUCGGUGAGCGGCUCCACGCCCACACAGCCUCCGCCCGCGGAGUCUUUGCCCGCGCAGCCCACACAGCCCUCGGAGGCACACGAACCGAAACGUCCGGUCGGCUCGUCCAUCCGUCGUGCUCCCCGAGAAGAGCGCUCUGAAGAUAACAGUGAUGCUACGGCAGCACGCGCCAGGCAAAAUGUCAUGCUGUCACCGAGACGCCAAGAUGCAAGGUCGAGGAUAGCUGGUAAGACUCGGAACACAGCGGGCAGUGAUGCCAAGAAGCGAGCUGCAGGAGACGCCGAGGAUGCGGCUGCAGAUAAGUCCAAGAAGGAUGUGCAAAACGCACAACCUGAAGCUGGCGAUGCAGAAGCAUUCGCUGGUCCUCCGACAGCGACACUUGCAACAGUACCUCAGCAGCAAAAUCCGCAGGCUCAAGCCACAGACGACCGCGAGCAAAAGCAAGCGACAGAGACGAACCCAGAAGCCGCGACACAGCCCGCUGCAGGGUCGGCAGAGACAGGUGAGGUCGUCGCUGAGGGUGCCGCAACAGCAGCCCCAGCGGCAGAAGAAGCACAGGGAGAAGCAGCAGCAGCAGCAGCAGCAGCAGCAGCGACAGGAGAGGCAGGUAAGGGCAUGGAAACAGAGGGCUCUGGUGUGACGCAGGCAGCUGCGGAUUCUCCAACAGAGAGUGGAGAAAAUCCAGUUACCGCUGAUGCACCUGAACCAUCGGUUGAGCAGCCUGCCGCGCAAGAUCCAACACAGGAGGAACAAAAAGCAGAAGCAACCGACCUCGCGCAAAAGGAAGCGACAGAGACGAACCCAGAAGCCGCGACACAGCCCGCUGCAGGGUCGGCAGAGACAGGUGAGGUCGUCGCUGAGGGUGCCGCAACAGCAGCCCCAGCGGCAGAAGAAGCACAGGGAGAAGCAGCAGCAGCAGCAGCCGCAGCGACAGGAGAGGCAGGUAAGGGCAUGGAAACAGAGGGCUCUGGUGUGACGCAGGCAGCUGCGGAUUCUCCAACAGAGAGUGGAGAAAGCCCACCUGCCGCUGAUGCACCUGAACCAUCGGUUGAGCAGCCUGCCGUGCAAGAUCCAGCACAGGAGCAACAAAAAGCAGAAGAAGCAAAGCAGCCAGCCACAGAGACGGGUGAGUUAGAGGGUGCUGCAGGAGCAGACAAAGCAGCGGAAGGAGCAGCAGCAGCAGCAGCAGCAGUCGCAGAAGAGACGGGCGAGGGAAUCCAGGCAGCUGGAGUUGAAGGAGCUGAGGGCACUGGUGUCAAGUCGGAGGCGGAGGCAGCGCAGAAACCUGCGCCAGAAGCAACCGGAUGA